AUGAUUUUAUGCAUUUCAUAUAAAACCAAAGCCUAGCAGGUGUAGAGAAAUAGUCGUGAAGAAGCGUCAGUUCAGUGCAGACACAGGGAGAGUGAUUUGUGUGUGGAAAAAUCGUGUGCAACGCCAUUGGUCGCCAUGAAGCAACUUUUGUUCAUCGCCUGUCUGCUCCUUGCGCUUCAAACAGCUGUUGCUGUGGAACACCUCGAAGAGGCGGAAGCGUCCAAUGAACACGAGCAGGUCGUGCCACAGAUUGCGCAGGAUUAUGAGCACCAUGAACCGCACGAUUAUUACGCUUACCCGAAGUACAAAUUCGAGUACGGCGUUAAGGAUCCGCACACCGGCGACCAGAAAAGCCACUGGGAGGAACGCGACGGUGAUGUUGUAAAGGGUGUCUACUCGCUGUACGAACCGGACGGAACGGAACGCGUGGUGGUGUAUCGGGCCGACAAACUGCACGGCUUCAAGGCGCACGUCAAGCACAUCACCCAUGGUGGCCACGUGCAGUCGCACGGCCAGGAGCACGCCUACCUCGGGGAGGUUCACGGUGAGCAUGGCUACAGCUACAACAAUCAACACCUGGAGUAA